UCGACCUCCGCGCACCCUCCCGCCGCUGCUCCUGCCGCUGCUCCCCCGGCCCCGAUGGCUGCUCCUGUCCAGAGCUCCGGCCCCGGUCUCUUCGGCCAGAUGGCUUCCACUGCUGCGUAAGUAGGCCCGGGCGGUUGCCGUGUUGUCCCCUUCCGCCUUGAACCAAAGACCACCCGCAUCGCCCGGUGGUCCCCUUCCAAAAACCCUUAUAACAUAACUAACCGACCAAAAAACAGUGGUGUAGCAGUCGGAUCCUCCAUCGGCCACGCCAUCGGCGGGUUCUUCAGCGGCGGCGGCUCCAGCGCUCCCGCCGAGGCCGCUGAGGCCGCUGCUCCCCCGGCCGCGCCCCAGGCCAUGGACAACGCCCUCUGGGCCGGCAACGCCACCAACAGCUCCUGGGAGAACCCGGCCUGCGCCACCGACGUGCAGAACUUCCGUCGCUGCAUGGACGAGAACCAGGGCAACAUGUCCAUUUGCGGAUGGUAUCUGGAUCAGCUGGUUCGUUAUUUCCCCGUUUUCAAAUUGCCCUUUGUGACAGAAAGGUAUGCGGGUAGUAUGUGUGGGAGAGAUUGCUAAUUUUCUACAUACAGAAAGCCUGCCAGGCUGCUGCCAAGCAGUACUAGAUCUAUUGAAAGAAAACGGUCAAAUAUAAAUCCAUAUCUCCGUUUGGAUUUGAAUUUCUUUUGACAUAAGAGAUCGAUCUAUGCUGCAUUUUUCUUUUCCUUUUUUUUCGAAUUGCAUGAUGCAAAAUCAUCACAUAUCAUACCCCCCCCCUCUAACAUCUCCGACAACGGGUCUCUCUUCCAG